AUGCCUCGUGAAGAUUGGCUUCUUUGGCAAUUCGCCGAUUCGGCACUUCCAACUGGCGGUUUUGUUGCUUCUUCUGGGCUCGAGUCUGCAGCACAAACGGGGUAUGUCCAUGACGUUGCCUCGCUUUCGCUAUUUGUUUCUUCGAGUAUAACAAAUUACGCGUACUCUGCACUACCUUUCAUGAACGAUGCUUGGAAGGUAUCUUCUGCGAAUAUAAUUGGAGAAGGUACACAUGAAGAGGAAAGAUUAUUGCGAGAAAUAAUGAAAGUUGAUGAUUUAUAUGAUGCUUGUACGAGUAAUACAGUUGCCAAACGAGCUUCUAAAGCUCAAGGUGUUGCUAUGCUAACAUUAUUUGGAAAAUCUUUUGCCAACGAGGAUUCGAAGGGAGGGAAGGUAUUGGACAAAAUUGUAGAAAAAUUUAAAUUCGAGAUAAGACGUGGUAUAGCAUGUGGUCACUUACCUGUGUGUUUUGGGAUGGUUGCUAGCUGUCUUGGUAUAAGUUUAGGUAAUCUUACGUCGAAAAUUCGAUUCGAUUUUUUUCAUCUUAUAAUAUUGAAAUUAAUCAAAGACGUGUUUGCAAUAACAGAACGUGCGCAACAUUUAUUUCUUUUUCUUUUUGCACGGGCAAUUUUGUCUGCAGCCGUACGACUUAACAUCAUUGGCCCAUAUUAUUCACAACGUAUGCUAACUGAAAGUCAAGCGUAUGUGGAAGAAGCUUUAACAAAGACAAAAGAUCAUAAAUCCGAAAAAGCUGUACAGACCUCCCCUUUGUUAGAUAUUUUUCAAGCAAGACAUGAUAAAUUGUACUCUAGAUUAUUUAAUAGUUAA